AUGCAGACCUUCCUUGGCAUUCGGUAUAAGGUCAAGUCCUCUUCCUGGGUAGUCGGCGUGGCUUGCUUUGGUGAAGUACUCGGCUACGCCGCUAGAGUUGUGCUGAGCAAAAACCCGUUCGACGAAUAUGCAUUGGCGACACAGUAUGUGGCCCUUAUCGGCGCCUCCGGCUUUUUCGCAGCUGGGGUUUACCUAAGCCUAAAGUAUGCCGUACUCGCCAUCUCGCCUCAGCACUCCAUUAUUCGCCCCAAGCUUUACACCUGGAUUUUUAUAUCCUGCGAUGUUGUCUGCUUAAUCCUACAGGUAGAUGCUUCCGGCGUCGCCAGCGCAGCAAACACAGACUCCAAGAUCACUACAACAAACCUCAACAUCGUACUGCUUGUCGGAAUAUGCCUACAGGCCUUGACACUCCUGGUAUUUGGCGUGAUGGCAGGCCUCUACGCUCGUGCUGUCUUUCGCAAUCGUCGUACUCUCGAACCCGCCGCCGCCAAGCUCCUGCGCAGCAGGCAGUUCCGCAAGUUCGUCUUGGCUAUGUCACUGGCUUACUUGGUUCUCCUGAUCCGGAGCCUCUACCGUAUUGGAGCAUAUUCGGGAGGGUGGAAGAAUUCCAUCUCCAGGGACCAGGUUUCCUUCAUGAUUUUGGACGGCUUGAUGUGUGUAUUUGCUGCCCUAGCCAUGACGCUGAUACAACCCGGUAUCUACUUCAAAGCAAUGAGCAGUCAAAAUCGCGACCACCAUUCACAAGGCCAGAAAAGCAACGGAAUAGUAUAA